UUGUUUGUUUAUUGUUUUUAUUGAACUUGAAGUGUUUUUUUAUCAGUUUUAAAAGUUUUCGAACUUUUGCACAAUGAUUAUAUUAUUUCAAAGUUAUUAAUAUGAUGAUUAUCAUAAUAAUAUGUAGAAUUAUUGUAAAAAGUAUUCUACAGUGUUGAGCUGAUGAAUUUAUUUGACAGAACGAGGCUUCCGGCGACUACAAUUUUGCUUACAGGAUCGAACGUUCGCAAUGCCUGGAGUAAUUCUAGAGAACCUCAGCGGCAGAAAAUUAUUCGUGCUGGUUUGCAUUUUAGCGAUUUUGCAACUAACAUGUUUCCUCAUCGGUGGUUUGAUCGCACCUUCUCCAUCGACAGCUGACAGUAUUCUAGCGCAAAAAUGCCUCUCGAACGAUACGAGUAGAGUAUUUUACAACCGGGACAGCAAAGGAGCUCAAACUAAAGAAGGCUGUCCGAACAUUAUUAGUAAAAUCGAUAGCAAAGUGCAGGUGGCGAAUCAAAUAGUAUUCAUGUUCCAGCUACCAAAUCCUAGAAGUAAUAUGGUUCUGGAUUACUCUAGAUGGCAGCAGAACUUAUUAGGAGUAUUGCACUUCGAUAUCGAGUACGAUAGCACUCACGAGAUGCCGUCCGAUUUAUUAUUAACGUUAGAUGUAAAACUAGCCUAUAGAAAUGACGAAGACUCCAGCGGUGAUUGGAAAAUCUACUCGCAAGGUAUCGUCGAAAGACAUUUGGAAUGCGUUGCUGAUCAUAAAACACUCGGAUACGAUUACGAGUGUAAAAUCGUGCCUUUAUUCGAAUUGGCAUCUUUGCAUCACGAUUAUUACGUCGUUAAUAUUCGACUACCGGCGGAACUCGGUAAACCGACGAACGCCGAUUUGGGACGAGUCACUGAUAUAUGGCUCGUUGCUAUUAAUCAAAACGGUGGAUUUACCAAAGUUUGGUUCACUAUGAAGACCGCCUUCACUCCGCUCAUCAUUUUAACCAUGGUUUGGUUUUGGAAUCGAGUCAAGCAAUUGAAUCGGGCUCCGGUGUUACUCGAAUACAUGUUGCUGUCUUUGGGAGCUACGUUGACGUUUUUAAAUCUUCCGGUCGAAUUAUUCACGUUGUUCUUCGAGUUACCGUUCAUGUCGUUGUAUCAAGAUAUCAGACAAGGUAUAUUCUACGCAGCCUUGUUAUCGUUUUGGUUGGUGUUUGCUGGCGAACACUUGAUGAUCCAAGAUCCUACACCUCAUCACUUGCGAACCUAUUGGAAACAUUUGAGCGCCGUGGCCAUCGGUUGCGCAUCUCUACUCGUAUUCGAUUUGUUUGAAAAAGGAUCGCAGAUAACGAAUGCGUUCUAUUCGAUUUGGGUAAACAAAUUGGAUACUAAUUUAGCUCUAACGUUCAUUAUCUGCGCAGGUAUAUCGGCCAGUUUUUACUUCAUAUUUUUAUGUUACAUGAUUUGGAGAGUGUUCUGCAACAUAAGCAUUAAACGAUCCGCUCUUCCGAGUAUGUCCAGCGUACGAAGACUUCACUACGAAGGUAUCAUUUACCGAUUUAAAUUCCUAAUGUUGGCCACCUUAGCCUGCGCCGCGAUGACGAUAAUCGGAUUUAUAUUGGAUCAAGUCUCCGAAGGUCGUUGGAAAUGGAACGAAGAGAUCGAGAUAGAGUUCACGUCGGCUUUUCUUACCGGUGUCUACGGUAUGUGGAACGUGUACAUAUUGGCGUUGAUGAUUUUGUACGCUCCGUCUCAUAAGCAAUGGGCUUCCGAGGUUGAUUUACAAAGUUCAGCCGCCGAUGGUAUCGAAUUGAGCCAUAUUUCCAACAACGAACCUAGCGAAAUAUCGCUUCUUACGAGUUACGCGAAGAAAAUGUUUACCGAUUAAUGCUUCCCACAUCUUGGCGAGUCUACUUUUUUAGGUGCAGGUUUCCUCCUCUACCAGAAAUAAUCUGAUCUCAGUUUGUUUUUAUCGAGUUUUUUUUUUACUCUUAUUUUUACACAAGUUUAUCGCUGCGAACGUGUAACGUGUGGUUACGAUUCGAUUUUUUAAUUUUUUUUGUACCGUUUGUACUUACUCGUAUUAUUGUAUUUUAUUCGACUUUUGUUUCGGAGAAAAUCGACGAAUGAAUUUCCAAAUUUCGAACAUUUAUCAACACUGAUCGUUCUUUCUAUUCUACACGUUGUUCCGAAGCACUUAGUCCCCAUUUGUGAAAUUUUACAAAAAUGUUGAUCUGAUUUCCAGGUCCAUCCCUCAGUUCAAGUUCAACGAAAAGUUCAUCAGAUUCUGAUCAAAUUCAAUCCCCAUCGUAUCACAAUACUUUUCACAAUUAUAUGGAAUUUUCAGAAAUGAAAAAAAAAAAAAAAAAAACUGCGCUGAAAAUUUUGCAAACACCUUUCUAUCUUCGUACGUAAGGUUCUUCCCGAAUGAAAUUUUUUUUUGAAAUUUAUUCGUUAAUUUUUCUAUUGAGAAUUCCGAGAACGUUAUUUUUAAAACAAACGCUUUUGUAUGUUUUUAAUUUACAAGUUUAAUUUUCAGUAUUUUUUUGCAGUAUUAAUCUCAACUUGAUGUUGAUCGAAGCCUUUUGUCUUGCCGUUUUAUAACUUAAGGAUACUUUUCAACUCUUACGAACUUGGUAACUUUUUGUGUACGUAUUUUUCUUAAAAAUGUGAUAUUUAAAAUUUCGUUCGUCCAAAUUUUUCCUUCGCAAAACUCUCAUUGAUUCAUAUUAAAAAUUCUCAACCAACAUAUCGCCAAGAUGAGGCGACAAAUUCAAUUAUUUUGUGAUGCUCGAUCUUUUUAUUUUAUUUUGUUGCUUUUUUGACAAAUUUUUAUGCUAUUUUUUAAACCUGUAUUACGUUUUACUGUACAAAAACUGGACGCUAAAUAUUCCUAAUACCAGUACGAUCAAAUCACAUUUACCAGGCCAUUGUUGUUACCGCAUACCGCCAUGUGUUUGAUGUGUGUGUAUGAUAUGAUAGAAUACUGAAUUUCUGCCUGUGAAUCGUACAUUUAUGUAGAUUUCCAAUCUAUUAUAUUUUACGCUCAACUUUUUAGGUUCCUAUAUCAGUACAUAAUUAUUUUAAUUCAUCUUCCUUUUAUGUACUUAUUAUUGUAUGUGUUUUUUUCUUUUUUUAAAUGUAUAGUUUUUAAAUUUGAAUCGAACAAAUAGUUUUUAGAGAAAUAAUGUGAAUUCAGACGAGUAUUACGUAAUAAAAUAUUUAUUUCUGUAGAAA